AUGGCUUUGCUUCCUCAGUUCAACGCUGUUCGCAUUGUUGUGUGGACAUUGCUGACCCUAAGGUGUGUCCAAGGCUUUUACUGGAUUCAAUGGACACCCAAUUACUUCCACCAGGGAGACGAGGUUCUCAUGUACGUCAACAAGGCUGAGUCUGACGAGACGCAGUUGCCAUAUUCAUACUACGACCUGCCCUUCACUUGUCCGCCCACAGACAAGGCCCUUCCUCAGUCUUUGUCGCUAGGAGAAGUUUUGCGUGGUGACAGAAUUUGGGGGUCAGAUUAUCAUCUGUUUUUCCAACAGGAUGACGCCUGUAAGAGACUCUGCAACAGGAUUGUGGUUCCUGCUGGAGCCAGAAGAACCGCAGAGCUCAUCAAGAAAGGCUAUGUGGUUGAGUGGAUCUUGGAUGGAUUGCCAGGUGCCACGACAUUUGUUUCUACUGGCACUGAGAAGAAGAUGUACUACGCUGCUGGGUUUCCCAUAGGUUUUGUUGAAGACGGAAAGACUUAUAUCCAUAACCAUGUCAUGCUCGUGAUAAGGUGGCACAAGGAAGAUGGAGACCGCAACAAAAAGACGAUAGUGGGCUUCGAAGUGUAUCCGAAGUCUGUAUCCGAUCACCAUUGCCCUGGUGCCUCCAAAAACUUCAAGAACUUCGAAAUCGACCCCACAGUUCUGGGCAAUGUCAUAAUUCCCUUCACCUAUUCUGUCUAUUGGAGAGAACAAUUCGAUCUUUCGUGGAAAGACAGAUGGAAUCUGUACUUUGCCGGUGAAGGAGAUCAGAGCAAAAUGCAUUGGUUCUCGCUGGUGAACUCCGUGGUGGUGAUCCUGUUUUUGUCUACUGUUGUUGGUGCUGUGCUCAUACGGACUCUCAGCAAAGACAUUUCUAGUGUCAGAUCUUCCAGUUAUUACAAUUCCAGAGAAUCUCACACUGUGAAAGAUCUUCCUGAUGACAUUAUUGCUGUCAAGCCCACAACGGGCUGGAGAUCGAUUGAAAAUGAUGUCUUCAUAACUCCUACUCGCCCUCUUUUGCUGUCCGUGCUAGCCGCGUCUGGGGUUCAACUGUCCAUCACCAUAGUUGCUGUGCUCUGUCUGUGUGUCUCCGGUCUUAUUGGUCCGACCCAUAGAGGAAGUAUUUUGUCAGUGGCAGUGUUUUUCUUCCUGAUCAGCGGAUUUGUUGCGGGUUUCUCUGGAGUGCAAUUCUUCAAGGUCUUCUCCACAGGAUCUCCAGAUCCAAUAAGUGAUUGGAAAAAAAUUUCAUUAUACUGUUCUUCUGCGUUGACUGUGGGAAUAUUUGGGAUCGUGUUCAUAAUGAAUCUUUUUGUGUGGGCGAAAGGUUCAACUUUUGCCCUUCCAUUCGGCACUUUCAUGGUUCUGAUCCUUGGAUGUCUGACUCUUGAACUUCCUUUGGGAAUCUUGGGUGGAUUUUUCAGCAACAAGACCAGUGUGGCAUCUUACUUGGUGUCAAAGUUCUCCAAAGCAGGAACGGGGAUACGUAUAAACCACUCCACCAACGAUAUUACGGUUCAGAAGUCCAUACCCCGCCAGCCACUUUACAAUCGCCCCUUGGUCAUGAUACCGUUGUUCGGGUUGUUCCCAUUUGGCAUGAUUUAUGUUGAGCUGAUAUAUAUUUUCAGGUCGAUGUGGCAGGAAAAGACCACUUUCUACUACAUGUACGGCUUCCUGUUCUGCACGAUGACGUUAUUGGUUGUGGUUAUUGUGGAAACCUCGAUCGUCUCGACGUUUUUGAGGCUGAACGCCAAGGACUACCAGUGGCAAUGGUCCUCCUUUUUAGUUGGUGCUUCGAUCACUUUCUACAUGAUGUUAUACUGCAUAUACUACUUCGCGGUUUAUCUUAGGAUGUCGGACAUCACUUCCAUACUGCUCUUCUUCAUAUACUCUUUUCUGGCGAACUCAGCAGUGGGGAUGGCCUGCGGUUCCAUCGGCCUGAUAAGCUCGGCCAUAUUCGUGCAUACUAUCUAUGGUGCGAUCAAAUCCGAUUGA